AUGGGUAGACUACCGGUUGGAGUGCAACAUAUUAGACCGCAAGGGCCACAAUUGCAACGCCCUACACCGUUACAACAAGUGCGGCCUCAAAACAUGCAACCUCAAUUUCAAGGGCCGAUUCCACAACAACCAAUGCAUCAACAUCAAUAUCAACCACCGUUUGUUCCUCAAGGGCCUAUGCAAGGGCAAAUGGGUCAACCAAGGGCACCAUUGGGCGCACCUCAAAGACAUCAAAGGGAAGUAGUACGGGGAAUUGAAGCUCACUUCCGGCCAAUUACCACUAACAAUCCUUCGCCGGUAGUGAUUCCUCAUCGAGCGGAUGGAAGAACCUUUGAAGUUAGAACAACCGCUCUCCAAAGUUUACCAAAGUUCAAAGGGUUAGCAACGGAAGAACCCUACUUUCAUUUGGAGACAUAUGACUCCAUUUGCAAUAUUAUUGAAAGUCAAGGGUUUUCUGCGGAUGAUGUUAAGUUGGUCCUUUUUCAGUUUUCCCUUGAAGACAAAGCGAAGAGAUGGUUUCAUACAUUGCCCUCCGCGUCCAUUUUUACAUGGGCCGACAUGCAACAAAUAUUCUUGGAUGAAUAUUACACUUCUCAAAAGACCAACGAUGCUAGAAGAGGUUUGAGAAGUUUCCAACAACAAUCGGGGGAAAUGUUUCACGAAGCGUUUGAGAGGUUCAACAUGAUGUUACGGAAUUGCCCUCAUCACGGGAUUCAACUUUGGGAAUUGUUGAAUGCGUUUCAUGAAGGGUUGAGUUCGGAGGAUGCACGGGAUCUAAUGUCCAUCACUAAUGGUACAUUCGGUACCAAUUAUGAACAUGUUGAUUGGGCAUUUUUAGAACAAAUGGCGGUGAAUUCGAAGAGAAAAGCUCAAUCUUCAAGAAGGGCAAGGCAUGUGAUUCAAAGGCCCCAAGUGCAUGGAGUUGAGAGUGGCAACGUUCAAACCACGAACCAAGUGUACAACGUGUGCAGAAAUUGCAACGAAAUAGGUCACACGGCGGAAGUUUGUGUAGUGGGUUUGGUUGAUGAGCAAGUAGAAGAGGUUAAUGCAAUUCAAGGAGGGGGUGGUCGAAAUUUCAACAUGAACUCGAAUACAUACCACCCCGGGUUACGAAAUCAUCCGAAUUUUCGCUAUGGGAACGCGGCGAACCAAGCUAACCCAAAUUUUCAAGGAGCUCAAGGUAACUUUGCACCUCGUCAACAAUAUAAUCAAGGCAACUAUAGAGGUGGAAACAAUUAUGGGUACCAAGGGCAAUUUCAACAAACGGGUCAAAGUGGUUCGGGUCAACCUUCAUCAAGCGGAAAUGAAGUCAUGGAUAUGCUUCGGGCUAUGCAACAAGAUAUGCAAAAGCGAAAUCAACUCGAUGAGGUCCGAAUGCAAAAGGAUGAAGUUCGUGACAAGAGCAUCCAAUCACUAACAACCCAAAUGGGUCAAUUGGCAACCGAUGUGGCGGAGUUGAAGAAAGGCAAGGGUCAAUUUCCUAGCGACACCAAGGCUAAUUUGUCACCGGGUGUGAUCGAGGGGGUAGUUGAAGAUAUCACGGGUAAUGAAAGUGAUGAUGAAGUUUCACCGGUUAAAUCUAAAGAAUCAAAUGUUAAAAAACCGGGGUUGGGUGAAAAGGAAAACAAUGAAAAAGUUGAGGGUGAACCGAGUCAAGUCCCGUUUCUAUCGGCUUUACUUGACCCGGGUAGGAAAAAUUUUAUUGCAUCAAGAGGUCCCCAAAAAGAAGAAUUGUGGGACAUGUUUAAACAAGUGAAAAUCAACCUUCCACUCCUUGAUGCAAUAAAACAAGUACCCGCUUAUGCUAAAUUUCUUAAGGAAUUGUGUACACAAAAACGACAACGAAAGAAAAAGAUGCCUAAGCGGGUAGACUUGACCGGUCAAGUGAGCGCAGUUUUGAAUGGGGAGCUUCCUCCUAAGUUCCAAGACCCGGGCACGCCAUUAAUUAACAUUCAAGUGGGUAAUUUUCAAAUGGCAAAGGCGUUGUUAGAUCUUGGAGCCGGGGUUAGCAUUUUACCAGGGGGCUUAUAUGACAAAUAUGAUUUUGGUCCGUUAGCAAGAGUGGAGACAAUGGUUGUUUUGGCCGAUUUGUCUCAUAAGUUACCCCGGGGGAUGGUUCAAAAUGUAAUUGUUAAAAUUGAUGAGUUCUACUACCCGGUUGACUUUCUAGUUUCGGACUACUCGUCCGCGGACCCAAAGCAACAACAAAAUGUAGAUGCUUAUGCACUACCGGUUGAAGAAGAAAAGCAAGAUGCCAUGGCCUUUGAUGUGCGUGUAGUGUAA